AUGAACUCCUCGCAAAUGCAUCGAUUAUAUAAUGAGGUAAUCAGCUUUAUCAAGGAAAAUUCCGAGGCCACUUUUGAUUGCGGUAUGCCCUGUUCAUCGGCGGAUGUUCGUUCUUUUGUGACAACAGCCUGCACGAAAUUGCAGUCGACCAACCUACGUUUGGUACUUUUGGAUAAUAUUAUUCGACGAAAACCUGAUGGCCACUCGAUGGCACUAUCAUUGAUGAUGGCUUGUUAUCGAUUUUUACUACGACCCGAGACUCCUGCAAAGUUCAGGAGGCAAGCGGAAAUGAUGGCCCCACGAAGGAGUGUUAUGUUCACUGCGUUGACAGUAUCUGAUGCUCAACUUCGUAACAACGCCUUGGAAUUGCUUUUGGCUUUGAUGAAAGGCUGUUCCGACCCAGAUGUACUCCUGUCAUACGCUGAGCUAUUUUUCACAUUUCUCCGACAUAACAUGUGGACGUUUGAGCGGUCAUCGCGGAGCCAAAUUGUCACUGCCAUUUCGAUGGUCGUGCGUCGUCUAAUAGAAGUACGUCGAAAACACAUCUCGGAAGAUUCUUCAUCCAUCCAUAUUAGUAUCGUGACUUUUAUCUGCCGAUUGGCUGCGCUUCUUUUGAACUCGGUCUAUCCCGGUGUUCCGGGUCCUCGGAUGAAUCUUGCCUUGGCUGCGCUCUACACUUUGGUAACGAUCCUACCAUCCAGCGACACAACUGAUGUAGACUCCGAACUUUUAUUCCUAUCCGAACCGGAUGCCACGUCUACUGCUGAAAUCAGUCGUGGUGGUCACAUGACCGAUGAUCGAGUUGUCCGGAUUCAGCAACUUUUCAGUCGAAUUUUCUUCGGUUUGUACAGCCCGUACGAAGAGGAUCGGGAGCAGGCACUUCAAAUAAUUUUGCACACCAACUUGAUUGCUCACUCGGAUGAAGAAAGGCUUGGGACACUGUGGUUUGAAGCCCUGACUUUUCUUGCUGGAAGUCCCAAACCUGAUGUGAGUCCGCUGGCCUGGAACAUACUCCGACUGGCCGUUAACGCUCAUCCUCGCCUAACUUCUGAUAAAUGCGAUCAUUCUGCCAUGGAUCCUUCUGUGCCAACAGAAAAGUCAUUGCUGACAUUGCAUAACGCAGCGGAGCGUGCUUGUGUCACACUACGCUGUUUGUUGCUCAUGGUUGAACGUGGUGUUCAGCUGGCGGAAGCGAGUCCCGUGCAAGGGCUACUUGCGAUGGCGUCGAAAAAUCCAUUCUAUGCUACGCUGAGCGCCAUUCGUGCACUUCUCGACCAAUUCGGUACAGCUUUGGAAACACAUAAUAAGACAGGAUGCGAUCUGUCACGUGAGUUUGCUGGACCGAGGAAACGGGUCUAUGUAACUCGUGCGGAUAAGCCAGUACUUCCGAGCUUCAGCCUGUCGCUGAUUCAACGGAACCGUGCUUCAGUGUGGUUGAUCGCCUUAUUUCCGUCGCACUACGUGUUACACAUUUNUGCAGCUCCUGAAGGUCAUAUUCCGGAUGACGAUGAUGGUGAUACAUUGAAUUCGCUGGAAACCUUGUUGGAUCUUGUUGAUCAAACAAAACAGUACCCAGAAUACUUAACCAUUUGCUGCUGGCGCACUGUGCGUGAAUUGGCGGCGUUGCUCGGGUACUAUCUCCCUCGAAUCGGUCGUUGUUGGAUUUCCGAACAAGCCGAACUGUGUCUGCCGGUUCCAAUGGGCGCUUUUGGUCUAUCACAAACGCAAACGUCCAAGGUGCCCAAUACACCUCAAUGCCCAAUUGAACCGAUGACCACUGCCACAACCGAAAACAUGUGGGUUGGUUUGGAAUCAGGGUUUUUGGCCGACUCCCCUAGUUCAGAUGACAAUACCAUAAAGCAACUCCCCAUAGUCUGGUUAGAGACUGUUCUGAACAAUUUGGUCGAUGAUGUGUCUGUUAAAUUGCCGUCACAUGCUUCCACGCUCGACCGAGCUCGUUGGUUGCCUGUAAUGUGUCUUGAGAAUUUGGGAAAGGGCUACUGUGUGACGCGACGCUCUGCAGGUUUACCACUGUUCAUCCAAGACAUAUUAGGUGCCGCAUGGACUGUGAACGGAAAAGAUGGCUCGUUAACGGUCUCAACAAUGCAUCGUCUUUUUGCCGUGAUCGAACAAACGUUCAAACAUUGUGCCGGUUUGGAACACGAUGAUGCCUUAUCCAGCCGUUGGACCUGGGCUCUUCAGCGUUGCGUGGUUGUGCUGAAUAUGACUCGUACAAUUAUGCGUUCCUCGAUCUUGAUGCAACCGACGGCUGAAUUCACGGAGCGUGCUAUAUGCCUGGCAAUCGAUGGGCUCGGUUGUUCUGAAUGGGCGCUUCGAAAUUCCUCGGGACUUUUAUUCAGUACGUUGAUGGAACGACUGUUUGGAGUAAAUCGAUCACGCGAAGUGACUAGUCGCAAAAACUGAGCAUUCUAUUCCGUUUCUAUGUUGCCCGGACUCCGGUUUCGUUUGGCCGCCUACUUCAUCUGGUCUAAUUUAUACACUCCCCCGUUCUUCAGCCUUUCUUCCGCCAACUUCUUCAGACGUUAUCCAAAUCUCAAAGGUCACAUGGUUCGAACGCUCCAUCAAACCACAUCCGAUUUGAAUUACGUGGCACCGAGUUUUUUCAACGAUAGCAAUAGCGCAACAUCCACACAAAAAUCGAAUAAUGCUGUCGAUGGAACAGCCAAAGAGUCACGAGAGACGAAUGGACAAAAAAGUGUCAAACCUGUCAUGAAGAUGGAUGCGGAAACAGUCCGAGCGAAUCCGGCCACCGGCCCUGCUGACUUACCUCCGCUGACCCCCACCACGGCACGCCAGCUUAGUCGACUAACUGGUCUGAACGGGGUGAAAACACGUCCAUUGUCGACCGAAUAUCGGCUUUUGGAAGAAAUUGGUCGUGGCUCGUACGCUGUGGUGCACAAGUGUAUCCAACGCAGCACCAAUACGGUAUAUUCGGUCAAGAUUAUUGACAAAGCAAAACGUGACGUACGCGAGGAAGUGGAAAUCCUAUUGCGGUUACACAGUCAUCCCAAUAUUGUCACCCUGAGGGAUGUUUUUGAGAACGGAAACCUGGUCUAUUUAGUAAUGGAUUACUUGGACGGGGGUGAAUUAUUCGACAAAAUUUGCCGUCAAAAGUAUUUCUCAGAGCGUGAAGCUAGUGCAAUUCUCAAAGUACUGGCAAACACGCUGGAGUACUUGCAUCAACACAUGGUAGUUCAUCGCGAUUUAAAACCGUCCAAUAUCAUGUAUGCGGAUCAGAGUGGUUCCCCAUCAUCUUUGCGUAUCUGCGAUUUCGGAUUUGCCAAACAGCUUCGAGCGGAAAACGGAUUACUCAUGACUCCAUGCUAUACGGCUAACUUUGUCGCUCCAGAAGUGAGUCUGCAUGUGCUCUUCCAAACUUGA